UUGGAAAAAAUAUCGUAUUUAGUCUCAGAGCGAGCUGGCAACUCUGACAUCCUGCACUGCACCUGUGUCAACAGUUGCUGUCCAGUGUCCACCACUGUCCUGCCAGCUGUUACCGCGGCCCGGGCACUGCAGGGGAAGACGGGCUGUCAUUUGCAGCUGCCACCUGCAGUGAUCGAAGACGAGAUGCAGUCCCUCUGUGUGGCCUUGGCUGUAGUAGUCUUUGGUGUGGCUCAGUCAAGACUAGUAUUCCCAACUGGUUCUGAUAUAGGAUACAUCGUACCAGAUGAUCCUGAGCCAGAGACGUUUGAGGACAAUGCUAACUUUCUGAGAGAUAUUGAAGAUCGCCUAGCUGAACCACUUAGAGAGGAUAGUAGUAAUCUGAAGUCCACCAUCAGAUCACUCCUGCACUCCGGAGUUAGGGAGGCAGAAAGGAGUAUUGCAGAUGAAGGGUGGCACCAGGCUGACACUUAUAGAAAUUGGGGUGAGAGACCUGAACAACCGCCUGAGGGAUUUCGUGCAAGUCCCCCUGAGGACCUUCCAGACAGCAUGAAGGAUGACAAACAUGGGGUGGCCAUGGGAAUACCUCAUAUCAAGUGUGAUAAUGCAAAGAUUAACAUCACAAUAGACUGGGAUUACUCUCCAAUCAAUUACACAUGCUUUGACCCCAGACACCAUCGCAUACCUGUCCAGAACAUCAAGUCUGUAGAGAAGUGCACUGACUUACCAGAUGACUACACUCCUCAGCACAUCUGCAUGAACCAAAAGCUGUUCUACAAUACAACCUUGCCCACAUUUGGACCUCAUCGACCUCUCUGGCCUGUAUUUGGAGAAUAUAAAUUUGUACCUGUCCAGAGAUGGCUUCACUCUAUUGAGCAUGGAGGUAUAGUUAUGCUGUAUGAUCCUUGUGCUGAGCCACUGUUGGUCAACCAGCUCCGCAAAGUACUGAAGGGAUGUUUCCGAAAGCAUAUUAUCACACCAUACACUCUUCUGACCAAAGAUCGGCCUCUAGCACUGUUAGCAUGGGGAUGCAGCCUGGAGAUGGCCACUGUUGAUGAAGCUGAAGUGAAGGCGUUCAUCAAGACCCGUGCUCUCCAUGGGCCAGAGGGGCACUAUCCGAAGGAUGGAAGCUUCAAGGAAGGGCUGUUACAUAGAGCUGUAUACCCAAGUGCAGUUGAAAAAGAUUCCAUCAUUUGUCCAGAAUAAUUCCAAAAGGUAAAAAGUAUUUCUUUACUGAGAAAUGUACUUUGGACAUGUGAUACCAAGUGUCACAUACCCUGAAAUUCAUGGCAUGUGGCCAUGCCUUCUCCCUCUCUAUAUGAUACAGUAUAUACAUAUAUAUAUAUAUAUAUAUAUAUAUAUAUAUAUAUAUAUAUAUAUAUAUAUAUAUAGAGAUAUAUAUAUAUAUAUAUAUAUAUAUAGGGUGAGGUGGACACAACCCGUACUACUAGUGGGAAAAUAUUCAUUAAAAAUCUGUAUUUGCCCUAACAGGCAAAACAGAGUGCAUAAUACUCCUCGGGAAAUGGGCUUCCUUUAUGAGUAUCUGUUGAGCUUCCUCAGAGAAUAUUCUUUUUUCCGUAGGAUGAUUUUCAUUUUUUUCAAUUGCUGUAUGGCUUGUGACCAGGGGGUCACGGCUCGUACACGAGGUGUUCACGGCCCGUACAAUUUUAUAAAUAAAUUUUUAAAAAAUCUGGCUUUGCACCAAGACUCAAACCCAAAUGCCCAAAGUAAUCCUUAGGCUGUGGGCUUCCUUUGAGGCAUCAGUUUAGAUUGUUUGGACUUCCAAUUCUGAAAGUGAUGAGUGCUUUAACUCAUAAUUUUUAGGUGGUUUUAUGCGCUCGUCAAAUGUAACCAGGGUUUACAAUAACAUUUUGCGUCGACUAGCUGUACGACUCGGGAACUACCCACAUGUUUGUUUACGGAUUCCCACAAACACAAAAAUUCGGCACAACAAUAUCUUUCCAUGCUAAUAUCUUUUCAAUAUGAUCAUAUUCACCAUGGAAACCUUCACGAGCAAGGUCAUGACAUAUUCACAAUCACCAUACACUAUACUAUGAGGCGAGAAAAUUGCAUCAGACAUCUCAAAAAUUAAAAAACUCGCAUAGCAUUGUCAAGCGUAAAGCUUGCGGCACAAGAUGUCUGCGUCAGCUGUUGGUGUCCCAUUUUCUUUCUGCUGUGAGAAGGGAGACCUUCCUCGAUGUUUUGCCUCGACAAGACGGCCUUUGUACGUCUCAUGACUGUACGAGUUAUGUCCACCUCACCCUAUAUAUAAACAGUGAUCAUUGCUAUAGCACUAGAAAUUCCUUGUCAGAAAAUCUAUGUAAACUAGAUUAAUGUGUUGUGAAUUUAAGUCUUACAGGAAGACAUGACUAAGAACUGCCAUCAUCAGUAUUUGUAAGCUUAGAAAAAUAUGCUUAAAAAUUGGCCACUUACGGUAUACUGUGUAGGGAACAGAGAUCUGAUAUUAGAUAUUGGUUUUUGUACAAAAGUAAAUGGUAAGUUUUUGGAAAUGAAGAAAUCUCAUUAGUUUUAUUCAUUUACAAUUUUUAAUCUGUUUUGAAUAAAAAGAUGUAAUAUUCAUGCAUCUUGACUCAACUUUUCGAUAGUGUAUGCAUUUGAAACUAGUGUUAGAUCUUUCUACUGUAUACAUAAUCCUGAAGCAAGUCAAAACAUAAUGAAUCAUGUACUUUGUAACAGCAGUAAAGAGUUGGAAUCUG